CGCAAGAGAAAACCCCCUGGGUUAUGUCCCUAUUAUAUUAGCAUCUCAAACACCGACCGAUCCAGAGGUGCGCGGGAACCACCAAAGGUUGUUUGUGGAGUCCCGCAGCAGGUGUCUCGGGAAGGGAAGGGACAGCAGGGACUCAGGAGCACCAGGGUGGGGAUGACAGAUGGGCCCGCGGCGCGAAGACGCCCAGAACCUGUUAGCUCCCGCUGUCACCUGCUGGGAAGGACUGGACCAGGCUGAAGGUAGCGGCGGUCCCAGACAAGCGCUCCCCGAGGUGAAGCGCCCCCUGAGGGCACCGGCCCGCCGCACCAGCCGGCCGGUAAGUAAAGUUAGUAUGGGGUCCGCGCCGCCGCCACAGCCCUCCGGGCCCGGGACCCCGUCAGUCAGCAACCGUGCAGAGCUCGGAGUGCAAGGGAACCCCGGCCGGGCCGAGCUCCGGGCACCACCCGUUCCCUCUGCGCCGCACGACCCCGCCCGGGCAGCCCGCCACCUUCCCGCCAUGCCCCGCUGAGGUCGAGACCCUGACCCUCUAAAGGAGCCCGCUGCGGUCUUUACCUCCGCUCUGUGGUCCGCCGCACGCUCUCACCCGUGCAAGAGAAUCCGGACUCACCACAGCUGCCCGGCCAGCGUGAGCUCUCACCCCCGCCCCCUCAGGUAACCCGGGAAACCGGGAACACCACCCCUUCCUCCCCCGCCCCGACCCAGACCCGUUCCUCUGCGCGUGCGCACAGACCCCGCCUCAAGCGCCUAGAGUCCCGCCCCACCGAGAAGGCACGCCGGGGUCGCCAACGUGAUGCGUGGAGAACCUCAGCCAAUGAGAGGAAGAAGGCGGGACAAGUGCAGCGGGGCGGGCCCUGUGCAGCUUCUCUGAGCUCCACCCCUCCCGGCAGCAAAAAGCUUCGUCCAACCCAGGAGGUUCAGCCCCUAAAAGCGCAAUCAUAGUGCUUUCUUUCUACUGUAAACUCACGUUUACUGGAAAAACUACAUCUGUGUUGAAGACUGUUCAAAGUGACUGACUGACUAAAACUUUACCAUUACGGAGAGAUGAAUGAUCAGUAGCCAAAAUUAUCUUGGCUUAAAAACCGCUUAUUACCAACCUCUGUAGCUGACCUAAGAUCUUUGUGGCUGUUAUGUAAAACGUUUGGAAUGUAUUGUUAAACUUAGCCAAUGACUGGCUUUCCAGCAAUGCUCAAAAGAAGGAUAUCAUCAGCGGGAGAUUUUCCUGCUGUGCUGUAGUCUGCCCAACUGAUGUCCUCUGCCCUGUAUUUGGCAAAUGUAUUGAUUUAUGGUCUUUUGUUCUACCGCUAUAAGACCUCGUGUAAACCUCUUCCACAAUAGAACGUGUAAUUCUGAGAAACCCGAAUCUGUAUUACUAAGCAGUAUUCACUCAAAGUUGCCUCAGAAUAAACUUUCCUUUGGUUUUUG